AUGAAGUCUUCGCUCGUCAUUCUUUCAGCCGCCUUUGGCUUGGCCGCCGCCGUGCCUCGUCACAACCACCAUGCUCACCACGCCCACCACCAGGAAAUGAAGCGUGAUGCUACAGCAACAGAGAACGUCGACGUCUUCGUCGCUGGCCCCACUGUCGUCAUGUACUCGCUCAAUGGCAACAUCAUCUCCGAGUCUGAUGUCCUCGAAGGCAUCAAGAACGGCACUCUGGUUUGGGCCAACGGUGCUCCCUCCCUCGCCGACCCCUCGUCCUCGAUUGUGUCUUCCACCUCCUCUGCUGUCGCCGCAGUCAGCACCACCUUCCUUACAUCGGCUUCUUCCAGCUCUUCAGCAUCUUUCAGCUCCAGCAGCGUCGCAGCAUCUAGCACCAGCGCAUCCUCAGCACAGCAGAGCGCAACUCCCUCUGCUUCAUCCUCCUCGUCCUCUGGCAUCGACUCUUCCUUCCCUGAUGGAGAGAUUGACUGCUCUGACUUCCCUUCGGAUUACGGUGCUCUCGCCCUUGGCUACCUCGGUCUCGGCGGCUGGACUGGCAUUCAAUCUCCUGGCUUCGGUAGUUCUCGUCUGGGAAUGACCAACAUUGAGACCGUCACCAAGUCCAAGUGUGGAGGCAGCAACUGCUGUGCCGAGGGCAGUUACUGCUCCUACGCCUGCCCUGCCGGUUAUCAAAAGGCCCACUGGCCCACUACCCAGGGCUUGACCGGUCAGUCUGUUGGUGGCCUUCUCUGCAAGAACGGCAAGCUCUACAAGACCAAUCCCAACUACAACACCCUCUGCAUUACUGGCUCUUCCGAGGUCACCGUCCUUGUCCGCAACGAGAUGUCCUCCAGCGCUGCUGUCUGCCGCACUGAUUACCCCGGCACUGAGAGCGAGACUGUCCCUGUCACUGCCAACCCCGGUAGCGUCGCCAACUUGACUUGCCCUGAUGCCACCUACUAUGAGUGGACUGGCAAGACUACCUCUGCUCAGUACUACGUCAACCCUGCUGGUGUCUCCGCCGAGGACGGCUGCCAAUGGGGCUCCUCUGCAAACCCCUGGGGCAACUACGCUCCUCUCAACCUUGGUGUUGGUUACUCCAACGGUGCUGCAUGGCUCGCAAUCUUUCAGAAUGCUCCCACCACCAACGAGAAGCUCGACUUUACCAUUACCAUUGAGGGUGAUAACAUGAACGGUCACUGCAGAUACAAGAACGGACAGUACUGCAGUGGUCAGAACUAUGAUUCAUGCAGCUCCACCACCGGUUGCACAGUCUCUGUGUCUUCUGGCACCGCUUACUUUGUAUUCUCCAACUAA